AUGGCGACCGCAAUCUCUAAACCGACGCCCCAUACCCAGAAGAUGAAGCGGCCGCCCCCGCCUUUCGGCCAGGCCGCGGUCAACGGGGUCAAGGGCCAACACCUCUCAUCUUCACCCACAUCUGCGGCAAGACGUUCCCCAACAAAUGCUAUGUCCCACACAGGUUCUCAUUUUACAAACGGCGUGGGUCAGGUGGGCAAUUCCACCGCUAAAGGCUCCCUUAAUCGGACAAGGAACCAAGCGCAACGACCCAUUGACCAGUCCUCAAAAUCUGGCCGGCCAGUAACGAGGACUGCUGCAUCAGAAAACGCACAUAGGGUUGGGAAAAAGGCGUCUGAGCCAUAUGUCAAAACAACUUCCUAUAUCCUCAAGAAAUACGCAAAAUGUCCACCAUCUCUUAUUGUUCAUCUACAUCCUACACAUUUUCGAUUUGAGCAGCAAGAUGGCAGCUUCCCUUACAAUUCCGAGAUGAAAGUUAUUAUCGAGCAUAUUCGCGCCGGGACUGUUCCGCAUGAUUUGAUCGAGGAGCUUCUGCGAGGGGAUGUACGGUUCUUCGAAGGUUGCCUCAUCGUCCGCGUUAUCGAUCAUAAAUCUGCCUCGGCACAAGCAAGAAAGACAUCUACGGCAUCGCCCAACGAGAACAACACACCAUUCUCUCUACAUAACUACAACGAACAUGUGACACCAUCAGCCUACGUUCCGUACCCGAAACAGAAUCAACUCACGUCAGCCACACAAGGCACGAAGAGCGAAGGAACUCCGAAUCCGAAUCAGCCAUCGGAUGGACAGACAUCUAUUGAGCAGGCAGAAGGACAAGCCAGCUCUGUAGCUGAAAAGAACGUUCCUGUCAAGCCCCGAGUCUUCACUACCGUGCUCCAUCCCACAGCUCGAAGCUUGCAAGCAGAAUUGACAUUGCUUGUCACCACCCCUGAUCCCAAAGCCAAUAAACCACCGGCUCAAUCAAACUUCGCUGCAUCCACUACCCCGGCGGGCAACCAGGCAGACCGUGGACACGUCGCAAAGAGACAGAAAAUGAUCAUCGAACCAGAUCAACUUGUGGAGUUUGAAUCUAAGUUGAUCCAAGCCUUAGCCCCUCCUCUCUUCUUGGACCCUGUGUAUAGUUUCGACGCUGCGCAAGAGCUUUUGAAACAUAUGGCAAGUCCACUCCACUGCGACCCGCCCCCUUCACCCAAACGCCGAAAGCGAACGGUUGCCGAACUUGCCGCGGACGAAGCUUUGGCCGCUGAGGAGGAGAGGUUCAUGCUCAUCAUGGAUGAGCGUCUAGAGCCCACUGCUUCCGGUCCUGGUGGCGCAGCGAAGGCUGCUGCUGUGGAUGACACGGGCGGUGUGGUGCCAUUCGAGCCUCGGUUCUCCCGAUUCAAGACGCUCGAAACGAUUCGCAUGCAACACGAGGAGAAAGCUAAGCGUGAGCAUGAAAUGAAGCUGAAGCAGGAGCUGGCCAAGAGGCAACAGCAGGAACAGGAGAAAGAGCGACGCCGUGCAAUUGAGCAGCGACAAGCCGAGGACCACGCGAAGGAGGAAACACGGAGACAGCAAAUAGCAGCUCAACAAGCACAGGCUCAACUUGCCGCGCAACAACAAAACCGUCACCCUAUGGCUCAACCGAAUGGUGUCAGCCAAGGACAACAGUCCUCACCUGUUGUACGUAACCAGACUCCACACACAGCUUCAUCGCCACUGGUUGGUAACAAUAUGCACACACAGGCGGUUCCAAUGACCAUGUCUGCAUCUGGAUCUGGUAGUCCUCCACGACCUCCCUCUGCCCUACAGCAUGCGCAUCCCAAUGUCAUGAGCCACCCGAUGGCGCCCUCAAGGAGUCAACAAGGACCAAGCCGACACGGUACUCCACAGAUGACCCAAGGCACGCCGGCUAUGUCGCACGCCACGCCGAUUAUGCGCAAUGUCACACCCACCCAGCGUAUGGGGCAUGGUAGCCCGAACAACCCAAUGGGCCAGACUCCAGUGAUGAACCAGGGCAUGAGUGCUACUACACAAAUGAAUGGUAUGCCUUUCACCCCCCAGCAGCAGCAGAUGAUGCUGCAGCACCGACAGCAGCAACUUCUUGCAGCGCAACAAGGACAUAUGCCGCAUAACCAAUUCACGCCUCAACAAAUCGCUCAAUUGCAAGCCAAUGCACAUGCCCAGCAGAACAUCCAAAAUCAUCAACAACAACAAUUGCUCCAAGCCCAACAGCAGCAGCAACAACAGCAGCAAAACAACCAGCCUGUUCAGAAGGUCCCCCAGCACAGUCAACAGGCCUACCAAGCUCAACUCAUGCGUGCCCAAUAUGCUCAGAUGCAAAUUGUCAAGCAGCAAUCAGGCGGGCAGCAUCCACAAAUGCAGGGCCAACAAAAUCAGCAACACCAGGGUAACCAACAGAUGACGCCACAACAGCAACAACAGCAACAACAACAGAUGCUGAUGGCAGCGGCUGCCCAGGCCAACGGUGGUCAAAUGGGCCAAAAUGGACAGCCUGUCAACCCGGCACAAAGAUAUACCGUUCUAUAUCAACAAAGGCUACUCCGGAUGCGACACGACAUGUCCCAGCGGUAUAUGGCACAGUACGGCCCGCCGAACCAGUACCCGCCCAGUAUUGCGCAGCAGUAUGGUCCCGGUCUGGAAAAGACAGCCAAAGCCUGGGUUCACGAACUCAUGCGUCGCGAGCGGGAGAAUAGCCAGCAGCAACAGCAACAGCGUGCUGCUGCUUUGCAAGCCCAGCAAAUGCAAGCACAGGGCUCGAUGCACAGUAUGGGCGGCAUGAACAACUGA